AUGGAUAACGUAACUAGCACUGAAGAUGUGAAAUUUGAAAUCAAAUCUGUGCAAGAAAAUAUACUUCUGGAUAUCAUAAAAGAGAUUUGUAAUGACACUAAGAGUAAAUUGUCCCCAAAAUUGAUUGGUAAAGUUAACAGGAUAAUAGCAGACUGUGAUCUCACUCAUCAUACAAGCUUACAUAAACUUACAACAGCAGACGAAAGUUCUUCGACGAUAUUGGGAUUUAUGCAUCAGACAGCUACAGAAUUAUCAUUUGAAGAACAAACUGAGCUCAAUACAGAAAUCAUUAAUAAGAUCCAGAACAAGAUUCCCACAUUCACAUCAGAAUUAGAGAAUUUAAAACAGAUAAUGGGAGCGGGUAAAAAAUCAAGAAAAGACCAAAUAAAAGAGCUCCAAGCGAGUUUAGAUGAAAAAUUAAAUAUAUUAAAAGAACAAGAGAAUGAAAAGGUUGAACUUAUGAUGGAAUGGCUUAACCAUAGAGUUCAGGAUGUUUCAACAUUUGGAACUAAUACAAGUGAAAUGUUAACACUCAAAACGAGGAUACUGGAAUUAAAAUCAAAAAUACUACAUCUUGCGAUCCUGCGUAAUAUAUUCACGGAAACUAACCAGUCUAUCAAAGCUUAUACUGAAGUACACAAAGAUCUUAAAGAUUCAAUAAAAGAAACUGAACAAAGAAUAAAAAAUUAUAAGGAAACAUUUGGAAAAAAGAAUUGUUAUUAA